AUGGUCGCGACCACCUUCCGGACGCUGGCGCCGUUCGUGCGGUCGGCCCGCGUCGUCCUGCGGUCGCCCAGCACGAGCCCGUUGGCCGCUCUGCAGCGCAGCGCCGCCAAGCCGUCGCCGGUCCUGAGCUUCUGCCGCAGCUACGCUGUGUACGAGCGCACCAAACCCCACGUGAACAUUGGCACGAUUGGCCACGUCGACCACGGCAAGACGACGCUGUCCGCUGCCAUCACGAAGCGCCAGGCCGACCGAGGCAUGGCCAACUUCCUCGACUAUGGCUCCAUCGACAAGGCCCCCGAGGAGCGCAAGCGUGGUAUCACCAUUUCGACUGCCCACAUUGAAUACUCUACCGAAAACCGCCACUACUCUCACGUCGACUGCCCGGGUCACGCCGAUUACAUCAAGAACAUGAUCACGGGCGCCGCCAACAUGGACGGUGCCAUUAUCGUCGUGGCUGCGUCGGACGGCCAGAUGCCCCAGACCCGUGAGCAUCUGCUGCUGGCCCGCCAGGUCGGUGUGCAGAAGAUUGUCGUCUUCGUCAACAAGAUCGACGUCAUUGAGGAUCCCGAGAUGCUGGAGCUUGUCGAGAUGGAGAUGCGCGAGCUGUUGACCACGUACGGCUUCGAGGGCGACGAAACCCCCGUCAUCAUGGGCUCGGCCCUGUGCGCCCUCGACGGCAAGCGCCCCGACAUUGGCGAGCAGAAGAUUGACGAGCUGAUGGCCGCUGUCGACUCCUGGAUCCCCACCCCCCAGCGCGACCUGGACAAGCCCUUCCUGAUGUCUGUUGAGGACGUGUUCUCCAUCUCGGGCCGCGGUACCGUGUCGUCGGGCCGUGUCGAGCGCGGUACGCUCAAGAAGGACUCGGAGGUUGAGCUCGUUGGCAAGGGCAUGGAGAUCAUCAAGACCAAGGUCACCGACAUUGAGACGUUCAACAAGUCGUGCGACGAGGCGCGUGCCGGCGACAACUCGGGUCUGCUGCUGCGUGGUGUGCGUCGCGAAGAUGUCCGCCGCGGUAUGGUCAUCUGCAAGCCCGGCUCCAUCACCCCCCACACGCAGUUCUUGGUGUCGCUCUACGUCCUGAGCAAGGAGGAGGGUGGCCGUCACACUGGUUUCCGCGAGAACUACCGCCCGCAGAUCUUCCUGCGCACGGCCGACGAGGCCUGCUCGCUGACCUUCCCAGAAGGCACCGAGGACAAGCACUCCAAGAUGGUCAUGCCCGGCGACAACGUCGAGAUGGUCGUGACCCUGCAGCACCCCCUCGCAGUCGACAACGGCCAGCGCAUCAACGUGCGUGAGGGUGGCCGCACCGUGGCCACGGGCAUUGUCACCCGCAUUCUCAAAUAG